AUGACAUUAGUUGAAUAUUCUGAAACUUUAAAAAAGUCAUUGGAAGAAUUUUGUAAACAAGAUAAAAAAGUUGUCACACCAGAAUUAAAUAGUAUUAUAGAGAACAUUUCUAAAACAGGUAUCACAUGCUAUCCUUGGAAUAUAUUAAAAGAAUUGUUUUAUUUUAAAUUAAAUGAAAUUUUGGAUAUAUUUGAAAAGGAAUACAUUGCAACAUCAUCCACAACAACUACAUCCACAACAACAACAACAACUAAUACAUCAUCAUCAUCAACCAAUUCACCACAAUCACCACAAUCACCACAAUCUCCACAAUUAAAUGUAAAUAUCAAAGAUGAAGAAAUGCAAAAAAUAAAGAAUCAAGUUAACCUUUCUGGUUUAAUUAAAAUGAAAAAAGAAUUUCUUGAUAGUUUUAAAGAAUCAAAAUUAUCACCAUUUACAGUACAAAGACUUUGUGAAUUAAUUAUCAAUUAUAAAAUGUAUACAUCAUUUAGUAAAUAUUUAUGUGCAGUUGAAAAAAUGUUAAAUGUAUCAACACUUCCUCAUUUAACACCUGAAGAAGUGAUCGAAUUUAAUAAGAAUCAAAAUUCAGGGUCAAGAUUAAAUUCAUCAACCAAUACAACCACUACAACAACAACAACCACUACUACUACAACUCCAACUGAAAAAGGAAAUAAUGAUCAACCAAAUUUAGAUAGUUUUGCUUUUUCAUCAUCUUUUACAACAUCAUUCCCUUCUGAUACAACCUCCUCUACUUCAACAUCACUCUCCACUGAUCAAGAAAUGAAAGAUUUAGAUGUUGAACAACAAAAAGAUGAUACCGAUAAUACAGCUAAUGAAAAUGAAUCAAAAUAA